GAUGGACGGAGGUCGAGAGUCGCGGGUUGGCUCACUCUGCGGCUCCCGCCGCUCGGGAGCAGACACGCGGGGCCAAAGACUAAUUUGAACCUAUUUUAUUAACAAAACAAAAACAUACAUAUUUGUAAAUAACACUAAAUAACACGAAAUACACACGUCUCCUAAAAGUCUCUUUACCUACUCUAAAAAAGAAAUUUCUUAGACCUCUGUAAAAACAAAAGAACAAACAAAGCGAACGCGGAACGCAAGCGACAAAGUAACUAUUUCCAGCCCCUAAGCGAAUCGUUACGAAGCCUAUAACGCAAAAAAGAGAGAAAGGAUAAAAGGAGAAGAAAUAGGAGAGAGGACACGCGAGGAUAAGCGAGGGAGUAAAGAAAGGGAGAUAGAAGGAAGGCCUAUUUUCUGAAGCUCUACCACUGGUGGUAUCGGCAGGAGAAAGGCGCGCGUGCGAGAAAGAUAGAAAGAGUGAUAGAGAGGAAAGAAGGGCGGAAGGAAAGGAAGGAAGGAAGGAAGGAAGGAAGGACGAAAGGGAAGCAAGGAAGAGAAACGACGGAGGAAGCAAAGGAUUGAACGCGGUAAAGGCGAUCGUAAAACGCGUCAGCUGCGGGCGAAUCUCUUUUUAAGUUCUCUCUGUACUGUGUGACCCUUACAUUAUUUUGUCCCUCCGAUAGGGACAGGUUCAGUGUUGUAACUUAGGAUAUAAGAAGAAUAAGAGCUCCUGGAACGCACAACAGAAAAAAGAAAGAGGAAGGAGAGUUGGAGAAAGAACGAGAACGAGACGAGUGUGUGUUUGAUUUGAGAGGCGAGGACUCUAGCAGGAAGAAGGAAGCAAGGUCGAAGAGGUACAGAGAACUAACUAACUAGGAGAUAGGGUGGACGAAAAAGGAGAGAAAGAAAAGAAGGUUUGUGAAAGAAUUGUUCCGGGUUAUUCGCGAGUAUAGAAUACAAUGGGGCUCCAGGUUUUUAUACUAGUACGAAGAAGUAUUUAAAACAAACAGAGAAGGAGAGACAAAAUUAAGAGUUAUAUUAGCAAAGAGAAGAAGGCGAAGAUUCAAAUCUUUAUCGCGGUGUCAUUUCCACGCGUUCGCCUCCACGUGUGUCGUCCAUUAAUCCGAGUACGUCGCGUCGAGUAAAGUCUGCGACGUUCGUUGUGAAUAAUAUUGUCUCUCUGUGACUCUUGAUUUCUUUUCGAUCAGCGGGCUGAAAUUAAAUUGACUUUCGAACCGAGGAUAGGGAUUAUUUGAAACGGACAACCUGGCUCGCGUACACGAUUCUUUGGGGGAUAUGUCCUGCCGUUCUAAGGGGAAUCACCACCCACGUGCACGAGCCUCACGUAGAGGACAACGUCAAGCGAGUCGUGUUUCCAUCCUAGAACCCGGCAGCAAGCUCUCCUGACAAAAAGAGUGCCGCCGUAGCUUGUCACGAUCUAGAAUCGCGAACACCGACCAUUGUCGAGUCGCCAUAUCAGCCGCACACUCGUCCAAAUUCACGAGGAGCCUGGGGAUGCCUGCGAGAGCACAAAAACGAUCGCGCUACGCGUACGUUCAAGGACGAUGACGAUCGGCCACGAUCGGUAAGAUCCAAGAAGCGGUCGCUCUGACGAGCGCCACGGAAAUGGCGGGCUACAAUCAUUCGAAUCCACAGCGUGUCGUCUAUCACGCGACCUACCCGACGCCUCUCGCACCAAAUGGAGAUCCGAUAAAACUUCCGGAGAAUUUGGAGACCUUGCCACGAGCUGAACAUUUUCCAACUCAGAGGCACCGAUGGAACACCAACGAGGAAAUUGCUGCCAUCUUGAUCAGUUUCCAAAGACACGCGGAAUGGCAAAGUCGGGAGGUAAAGGUACGACCUCGAAGUGGUUCGAUGUUACUGUAUUCGAGAAAGAAAGUCCGUUACCGACGGGACGGUUAUUGCUGGAAGAAACGGAAAGAUGGUAAAACUACACGAGAGGAUCACAUGAAACUGAAGGUACAGGGAGUCGAGUGCAUCUAUGGCUGUUAUGUGCACUCGGCGAUCCUCCCGACGUUUCAUCGGCGAUGUUAUUGGCUACUACAGAAUCCAGACGUCGUCCUCGUUCACUACUUAAACGUUCCUUACCCGGACGGUGAUGCAAAGCUCGCGGCGCUGCCACCGUGUCUCGCACUGCCGCCAGACAAGAAGGAGUGGACGCGAGACGAGCUGGCUUCCCAGCUUCGACCCAUGUUCCUCGGUGGAGAUGACGAUCCUAAUAAUCCCCAUCUUACACAACACUCGAAUCAUCCCGUCGACAUGAUAGUUUCUCAAUUAUUGGACAGACAGAGAGCAUCUUCCACUUCUUCUACCACUAGCACUCAGCUUGCACCUAGGAGACUAACACCGGACAAUCAGGUUUCUUCGACUACCGGAGGUCAGCAAUCGUCAACAACAGCCUCACCGGCUCCUCGCGUAUACUCAAGACAUUCCCACACGGCUCAAAGCCAACAACCGGCUCCUCUAGUUUUAAGUUUGCAACAAAUCCAAGGUGGUGGCGGUCUUCUAAUUCUCAACAGCCAACCGUAUCACCAUCAACAACAACAACAACAGCAGCAGCAGCAACAACAACAACAACAGCAGCAGCAGCAACAACAGCAGCAGCAGCAACAGCAACAACAGCAAAGUCAACAAGUGGAGAUGCAACAGGUUACGGAGCAACAAAUUGUACAACAGACGAGCGUGGACAGAGAACAACAGACCCAACAGGAAAUAGACGCCCAAGAAAGUAUGGAUCGUUCUGCGGUACAAUCGUUGCCAAUCGGUGGCACAGGUCCCGAGGUCACCGACUUCGCCGAGACCUUGGACCUCAGUCAAGAGGAUAUUCAGCGAACGUUGUCCGCCAACAUGGUUCCACCGUCUCCGUCGCCUUCUCCGGCAGACAACAGCAUGAUCAAUCCAAUGGAUUUCAUCGAUUCAUCGGACGAUGUUCUAGUUAAUUUAGACGCGUUUGACGUAUUCGGUGACCUACCCGAGCUUCACGAUUUCGAAGCUGAACAGACUAAGGCUGAAGAAAGAGGCGGAUCUGAUAAUGACGUGGGAUGUCAUCCUGGAACAACCGUCCAUAUUGCAGAGUAUAGUCCGGAGUGGAGUUACACCGAGGGUGGUGUGAAGGUAUUGGUCGCUGGUCCGUGGACUGGUGGGAGUAAUUCUCAAUCUUAUUCGGUGUUAUUCGAUGCGGAGCCGGUUGAAGCGUGUUUGGUACAACCAGGAGUGUUGCGGUGUCGUUGCCCAGCCCAUGCUCCGGGAAUAGCAUCUCUUCAAGUGGCGUGUGACGGCUUCGUUGUUUCCGAUAGCGUUGCUUUCGAGUAUCGUCGGGCACCGACAUCCGAGCCUAGUCCGGAACGAGCUCUUCUGGAUCGUUUGGCGGAUGUGGAGUCCCGUUUGCAAGGACCUGGUCCUCCAUCUCCCGCAGCUCAUCUAGAAGAGCGGCUGGUGGCAUAUUGUCAAGAUGCUGUUGUCCGUCCGUGGCGAGCCGGAGCGGAACCAUUACAAUCCGGCGGCCCUACUCUUCUACAUUUGGCCGCUGGGUUGGGCUACUCCAGGUUAGCCUGCGCUCUCCUUCACUGGAGAGCGGAAAAUCCUAGUAGCGUAUUAGAUGCCGAAGUUGAUGCCCUGAGGCAGGAUAGCGCCGGUCUCACACCGCUUGCUUGGGCUUGUGCAGCGGGGCACGCGGAUACAGCCCGGAUCCUCUAUAGAUGGAACGCAAUGGCACUUCGCGUGAGGGAUUGUCAGAACAGAACCGCGACCGAGUUAGCGGCGGAGAACGGUCACACGGCGAUUGCAGAAGAAUUGAAUCGACUCGAAGCGAGAAGACAAGACGAGAGGCUUUUCUUGCGACCCGCCAGCCCUAGUCCUAGGAGGCCAUCUCAAGACAGCGGUCUCGAUCUUGCGUUGUGUGGCUCGCCGCUGCUGGACAACAUGGAAUUGUUGCAAGAGGAUGACUCGUCAUUAGCCCUCAGCGAGCAGGGAAUGGAAAGCGCUCCGACCCCUCAGGAGACUGUAGGGGAAGAAGACGCGAGGGUGCUGACAUUGGCUGAGCAAAUUAUAGCUGCGCUACCGGAAAGGAUCAAGAGAGCGGAAGGUGAUUCUCCGUCUUCUUCCUCACCACCUCCCCCGGCACCGCCCUUGUCAUCUCUAGAAGAUGCUCUGAUGGAGCAAAUGCCGCUCGAUUCUGGAGAAUUGUUCGACUCGUAUCGUGAGUGCAGUGGAGGAGCGGCAUCAGUUUCGGAUGCUGACGCAGAUGCUAGUCCCUCGAGUCCAUCAAGCAGCUGUCUCACACCGGACUCGCCAUCUCCACCACCUACGACGGCCGACUUCUGCGAAUUCUUACAGCUGCAGUUGCAGCUUGACGGAAAUAACGGUCAUAACGGCCAGUACUAUUCGACCGGUGGAGAUCGGAAGUUCGGUAGCGUGAUGGGCUCUGGAAUUUGCGGAACAGUGACAGGUGGAAAUAACGGAAACGGUGACGGGAACGAAGCGGAUCUGAGCAGACUUACUCUAUCCGAUCGAGAACAAAGAGAGCUUUAUCACGCCGCUAGAAUGAUCCAGAAAGCCUACAGAAAUUACAAGGGACGUCAAAGGCAGGAAGAAGCGGAGAGGCACGCUGCAGUACUCAUCCAACAAUAUUAUCGUCGACAUAAACAGUACGCUUAUUUUAGACAAGCUACGAAGGCUGCUCUGGUGAUACAAAGCAACUACAGGAAUUAUCGCUCACGUCCAGGCUCGGCUAGCUCCAGACAGCAAGCGGUUCAUCAGCAGGCCGCUCAUCAGGCUGCGAGGAAGAUCCAGCAGUUCAUGCGGCAGUCGAAGAUCAAGCUGCAGAACGCCAGGGCCGCCGCAAACGGGAACGGGAGGCCGCCAGCGGGCAUUUUACGGGCGGUUGCUGUCCCCCAAAGCUCGCCCUCAUCUAGCCCAGGGGCCAGCCUAGUAGCCGCCAACCAAGAGGUCACUUAAUCGACUGUCGAUCGAACAGCACACAGAACGGUGAUGAUACAUCGGAAGCAAAGUAAUAGAGCCUAGCCACUCGAUAAUGGUCGUCAUGGGGUACGCUACGACGGAAUAAUCGUCGAGGUUCGCCAAGGUUCCAGGAAUAUAGUCCAAGAAGCCUUUGACGACCGAUCACGACACGGACACGCUUUGCUCUCUACAUCCUUGAUUAAUAACGUACCUGCCUUUUUGAUCUAAACAUCAAUUUCCACCUUUCGCAUCUUUGACCCACAGUUCAGCCGAAGGAUCGUGACAUCAUCACCUGAAUCCACUUUAUUCAUUUCUCGCUUCAGUUUAUUCGACGCUGCCGUUUAUGCCUAUUUCCUGCAUUUGUUUCUUCGGUCGACGUUGACGAUAAGUGGUAUCAGAGGUAGGUGGUCUAUCAUGGUCUCUCUAGCACGCGUACACGAGACGUCGUACACGUGCAAGGCGAUUCAAGCAUAAUAGAUAAUGCAUUAAUUUAUUUAAGAUCUUAUUAAGAAUCGCAUCGGUCGAAGCAUGUUCGUAGAAUUGCAAUGUUGUCCUCCGCUUGAGGCAUCGAUUGUAUCAAAUACCUUUUACGACUGAGAAUACGAAAGAGGCUAUGUUUUUUGCUGAAACCUUUUUAAGAACAACUAUACUUUGCAUUGAUUUUUGGCACACUGUAUAGAUAGUUUUCUUCAUACCUUUUUUGUUAUCCUUGCAAGUCUAUGGCACCGUACAUUGAACGAGCCGUUCUAGAGAUUCAUUAUUUUCGCGUUGCGUGUCCGUCGAAGUGUUUCACGCGACAAUAGUGUAAUAGCUUAUAUACGUUGUUGUUCGUUUCCUUUUUUUUUUCUUCUUUUUUUUACUUACGUAAAUGGUACAAGACUCGAUAUAGACAACGACGAGCAGAGAACAGUAUUGAUAAGAGACUCGUGGACACGUCGUUGAAGAAGAACUUUCAUUUCUCCCUUCAUUUCUUUCUUUUUGUACGAUUUACAUAUUUGUGAAGUUUAAUUUAUGUUUUUACGUAUUAAUCUCAGAGUGAGAAAGCAUAUAUGUAUUAAGUAUUUUACGCAGCGCGUUAUUUUCAAGCACCAAAGUACGAAUGACGUUCGAUUUGCUUGUUCUUUUUUCUUCAAUAUUUAAGUAUUUAUCGUUAAAAAAGAAGGAUGAAAAAGGCGAUCGAGAUCCGACGCGCAGGUUUUUUAUCCGUUGCUGUCGUACAUCGAACGCUAUUUCUUUAUUUGUUCCUCGCUGUAACGCAGCUUUACGCGAAAUCGAAUUUUUUGAAUCAAAGUGACUCGAAUCUCGCGACGUUUUUUUAUAUUUCCUUUUUCUUUUCUACCUUUUUUUUUUUUUUUUUAAAUACGAUCGAGCAUGAUGCGAAUGUUUCAUUGCCGUAAUGACACGGUGCAAUAUCUGUUGUACGUGAACGUUCAGGAGAUAUUGGUACUGCAUAAUAUUUGAAUUAGGUGGCAGCGAUGAUCUCUUCCUUGCACGAUACAAUUUUUCUUUGUCGCUUUUAAACAAGAAAGGCAAUACAAUUCAGGUCGAUGAACAAGAAGCAUCUUAUUUUCGGAAAAAUCUGGUAUAUCUGAGACCUAGGAAGAGAGAGAAAGAGAGCAUGGACGAGUGAGCGUGUGAAUAAAAAAGGCUGCUAGAGAAAAUUAAAGAUAAGAGAACUAGAGAGAAAGAGAGAGCGAGAGAGAGAGAGAGAGAGAGAAAGAGAAAGAGAGAGAGAGAGUUUAAAGAAACAAGUAAAAAGUAAAAGUAACAAAAAAGAAAAAACAUAAAAAAAUCAAGAGCCCUUUCUCUAUUUAAACGGAGGGGCACUUCAUCCACGGGCUGUGCUUAAAGUCACAGUAUAAUCAACUUUGUAGAAUUAUAUUAGGGUAAGAUAGUCGAUUACAUUGUUACAAAACUACCUACCGUUUCUCUCUCCAGUAGGGGAUUUUUUUAAAGGUUCUUUAGAUAAAGAAAGAAUAAAAAUUAAAAAAUAGAGGUAAAUUAAGGCGUAGCGAGGCGGAAUAUAUGCGCACGGGGGCACAGCCGUGGUACCCGCGUUCAAAUUGAUUUAAGAAGACAAAAAUCUAUUGUGAUAAAUUAAUGGUGAUCCAAGAAAGUAUUUCCGCAGAAAAUACUAAAGAAAAAAAAGUUACGCAAAAAAUCGAACGUCUCAACGUCCAUUGGGGACGCGAGUCGCCGAGACGCAAAAAAAAAAAAAAAAUGAUAGACAGACAGACAGACAAAUCCAGUAUGGUGGGUCGAGAUUACGCCGUCAGAUUUGUCGGGAGAAUCUGUUGAUAGAUGGACCGAUUGAUCCUCGUCUUCGAUUUAUAAGAAUAAAGAAAAAAAAAAGUAAAGAAAUCCUGUGUUGAUCCUCCGGUGUUUAAGACAAGCUAUGAGGUUUUUGUAGCGAGGUAAAAUAAUUGUGCGGAGCGCGAAUGGAAAAGAGAGAAGAAAAAUGAAUUAUGAUAAACUGUACACACGAGUCAAUUCCAACGAGCAUUUUCAUGCCAUUAAGCUUAAAGAAUUAUUAGUUGAUAAUGAAAACAAAAAAGAAAAAAAAAAUAAUGAUGAGAGGGAAGGAUGCGAAUGGAAGAAGAGAAAGAAAGAGAAUAACAAAUUCUUACACUCUUUUAAUCAUUGUUAAUUAAUUAAUUAAUUAAUUAAUCACGAUCCUAUCGAUACUUAAAAUGAGACGAGUAAAAUAAUAAUUAUUAUUAUAUACACAAAACUAUUAUUAUAUUCAUAUUUUUGCUUAUUACAUAUUUAAGAAACUAUUAAACGAGGGCUAGCGAGUAUGUAGUACAUUACAAGACAAACAAAAAAAAAAAGUCGAUUAAAAUGAAAAAAACGGGGGAGCGUGGCCGAUGGCGAAAGAAAAGGAAAUCUCACCUUAGGAAUAUUUUUAGUCUGUCGGGCUUGUACAACUUCGUGCGUGGCAAUCAACUUUCGAAUUUUACCAUAAAAAUUUCUGACUUUUUGAGAAAGCGAAAAUAAGUAAAAAGAAAAAAAAGAAAGGAGAGGAAUUAGAGCUCCGUGCACACACGCCGAAAUAAACGGAUUUUUUUCGAGAGUUUCCGAGACGGUGGCCCGAUCUUCAAAUAAGGCGGUUACGUCGCUUUUCCGACAUUCGAGAACGAACGAACAAAAAGGGAAAAAAGACACAAAAAAAGAUAAAAAGAAAUAAAAAAGUAUAAAAUAUUUGCACACAGUAUUUUUCAGUCGCGAUUAAGAAAAGUUCCCAGAUGGAAAAGCCGGCGCCGCGGACGAAAUAUUUCAGAGUUCCCCAUUAUUACUCUAGAAUCGCGUUAAAUUACCACGUACACCAAGAUUAUAUCGAGGUAUGGAGAACAGCGGGAUUAAAAAGAAAAAAAUGAGAAAAUGCUAAAAAAUAAUAUUAAUUAAAAGACAUCGCUAGGGUAGGCGCUUCGAGGAUACAUAAACUUUAAAAGUCACUUAAUAAAAAUUAUUCUCAAAAUAUAAAAGUUUAAUAAGUAAACAAAUUUUUAAAUCUACGUAAGAAAGCCAAGAGUCAAAGACGACUAGAUGAUAGGAGCCGCAUGGCCUAACUGCUGCCACUUUAAUUAAUUAUAUAAAUAAUUAAUUAUAACUUUAUUACUACUUAAUUAAACUCGAUACAGAUGAGAAAAUAUGUCAUGCCACUUUUCAAACUAAACUUUCUAGAUGCAGAGACGAAUCAGUAGGUAUAGAGGAACUAUUAAAACAAAAAAAAAAAACCUUCUCCUUUGAUUGGGAAUGAUUGAUUCGCGCUAUAGAUUCGAAUAUUUCCAAUUGUCCAGUCUCCAGAAAAUCGCACGAGAUAUAUACGCGUGUAAGAUGCCUCGUUAUAAACCAGCACGACCGAGAAUCAUCUAUCGAUUGGCGUUUUCAAAUUACACAGGCACGUGAUUAUCCUCGAAGAGAUAAAAAAUUCAUUUUCUUCACGAGUAAACAAGUUCUAUCGGCGACACGCAACAUUCUGAAUCUAUCAGGAAACAAAGGAAUAUACACGUUACGAGUAACAUCACGAAGAAAAGAUAUUGUACAAAAAAAGUUUUGCGGAAAGAUGUAUGUCCACGCGUUUUUACGAGAUGCGACACCUUCGAUCUUGACGUCAUGUUGGUGUAUCACGGGUCAUCCUGUAGGACGUUUGUAUCACGAUGUCGAAAAGGUCGAAACGAUCGGAUAUCGGUGCCUAGCUCAUGUUCUACUCACUGUUCCUUGAUUAAGACGGUCACUUUGUACCUGCUUGCUGCCUGCCUGGCCCGUGCGUUACAUAAACAUAUUUCUAGUCUUAUCGAGGUAUCAACCCUCUGUAUUUUACUCGAUAAUAACGUCCAAGCAUGUCGCGUACUUUCGUUGUGAUAAUCCGGCGGCGUGGCGUUGUUUCGACGUUCCGCGCCGUCUAUGCGGUUUUUCUAUACGGAUAUCGAGGAAGCGUAACGCCGAUUAAUUAAUUUGUUAAAUCCCAUUCGAUUUCGCGAAGAGCGACUAUCCCGGAAGGUUGAUGGUUUCGACAGCUGUUUCGACAUCUACAUCCAGCCGAUGUUUACUCACGUUCGAAAAUUCACGAAAGCUGAUUUUCUUGGAUACUUAUCAUUUGCCGUGGAACGAUGGCAGUAAAGGUUUCUUGAACGAAUAUCGAUCGUCGACACACGUGGUCAAACACGGUUUCAAGGGGAUCUGUCUGAUCGCGUGAAUUUUGGAACGAUGGCUGCAAUAAUUUAAACAAGUUCGUGCUACUUUUAGUGGAAACGAAUAAUGGUAAAGGCUCCAUCUCUUGUAAUAUUUUUAUUAUCGCAAACGUAAUAUUACAUUAUUAAAUUAUAUUAAAUAAAGGAUUACGCCACUGUUUAUUAUUUAUUGACUAACGUUCAACUAAUAUUGUAAAUAAUAACGAAAAUAUUUUAUCUAUAUUUCCGAUCCGGGGGUGUUGGGCGGGGCAGCGUAUUCCCUCUUGUCCGCCCUUAUGGCGAUCCUAUGAUCGCCGUUCGCCCGCCCCCUAUUGUUACACCAUUUCAUCAUUGCAUUUAAUAAAUUAUAUAUUUAUUGA